CCCCUUGUUAAUAAUUUCAUCAAUUUUUAUUAAUCAUGGCACCAAUCACGGUUGAUCAAGAAAUCAGCUGCUCACUCCCACCACAAAAAUUGUUCAAAGCUUUUGUGGUUGAUGCACACGACCUAAUGCCCAAAGUUAUACCCAAUUUCUUUAAAAGCUUCGAAACUAUAGAGGGAGAUGGAGGGGUUGGGAGUGUCACCCUUGUUACUUUUGCAGAAGGAAGUGGUAUCAAGUCAGCAAAGCAUAAGAUCGUAGAAUUGGACGAGGAAAACCAUGUGUUCAAGUACAAUUUGAUCGAAGGUGGUAUUUUAGGAGAAGAUCUCGAAUCUGUAUCGUAUGUUUUCAAAUUCGAUAAGGGUGCUGAUGGUGGUUGUGCCAUCAAGAUUGCCUCAACAUACCACCCCAAAAAGGAAGACCACGAGCAUGGCAUAAAAGAGAUCAUCGAGAAAGGCAAAGAGGCGACUAAAGGGUUCAUUCAUGCUAUUGAGGCUCACCUCCAUGGACAUACCUAGAACUAAAAAGGAGAAAAGUAAUUAAUUAUUGUAAUUUUCAUAUGAUGAUUUCAAGAAUUUCAAUUAAGUUUGAGUGUUUGAGUGUUUGAGUGUUGCGUGUAUUGAGUUUCUAUGUAUUGUAUUAAAGAUGUCGAGCAAAUGUUAUGUAUCUAUAAAGGUUGGAAAAUUAUGUUUUA